GCGCCUUGUGUUCUAGAGAGUUCCAGAUGCAUUGUGGGUACGUCACCCGGCACGGUCCUCCUCAAACCUGCAAACAUGAUGCCCACACCAGUCAUCCUCCUGAAGGAAGGCACAGACUCCUCACAGGGGGUCCCACAGCUUGUCAGUAACAUCAAUGCCUGCCAGGUUGUGGCAGAGGCUGUGCGGACCACCCUCGGACCCCGUGGCAUGGACAAACUUGUGGUGGAUAACAGAGGCAAAGCCACUAUUUCCAAUGACGGAGCCACUAUUUUGAAGCUUUUGGAUGUUGUACACCCUGCAGCCAAGACUUUGGUGGACAUUGCCCGGUCUCAAGAUGCCGAGGUUGGUGAUGGAACCACCUCUGUGACUCUGCUUGCCGCUGAGUUUUUGAAGCAGUUGAAACCAUACGUGGAGGAGGGGCUUCAUCCCCAGACCAUCAUCAGAGCGUUCCGCAUCGCCACCCUGCUUGCUGUCAGUAAGAUCAAAGAAAUUGCUGUUACGAUCAAAAAGGAUGACAAGCAGGAACAGAGAAAGUUGUUGGAGAAGUGUGCGGCUACAGCUCUGAACUCAAAGCUGAUUGCCGGACAGAAGGAUUUCUUCUCCAAGAUAGUGGUGGAUGCAGUUAUGAUGCUGGAUGAACUGCUGCCUCUGAAGAUGAUUGGCGUGAAGAAGGUGCAGGGUGGAGCUCUUGAGGACUCUCAACUUGUGGCUGGAGUGGCAUUCAAAAAGACCUUCUCUUACGCCGGUUUUGAGAUGCAGCCCAAGCGCUAUGUGAACCUAAAGAUUGCCCUGCUCAACGUUGAGCUGGAGUUAAAGGCUGAGAAGGACAACGCAGAAGUCCGUGUCAACAACGUGGAGGACUAUCAGGCCAUUGUAGAUGCUGAAUGGAACAUCCUGUAUGAUAAGCUGGAGAAGAUCUACAAAUCUGGGGCUAAAGUUGUGCUGUCCAAGCUGCCCAUUGGAGACGUGGCCACACAAUAUUUCGCAGACAGAGAUCUUUUCUGCGCAGGCCGUGUUGUGGAGGAAGACCUCAAGAGAACUAUGAUGGCCUGCGGAGGCUCUAUUCAGACCAGUGUUAAUGCCAUGACUGAUGAUGUACUGGGACGGUGUGAGCUCUUUGAAGAAGUGCAGGUUGGAGGAGAGAGAUACAACUUCUUCAAAGGCUGUCCGAAGGCAAAGACUUGCACCAUCAUCCUCAGAGGCGGAGCUGAGCAGUUCAUGGAGGAGACAGAGCGCUCGCUGCACGACGCCAUCAUGAUUGUACGCAGAGCUAUUAAGAAUGACUCUAUUGUGGCUGGAGGUGGCGCUAUAGAGAUGGAGCUGUCAAAAUAUCUGAGGGAUUAUUCCAGAACAAUUCCAGGGAAGCAGCAGCUGCUGAUCGGAGCCUACGCCAAAGCUCUUGAAAUUAUUCCCAGACAGCUAUGUGACAACGCAGGCUUUGAUGCUACCAAUAUCUUAAACAAACUGAGGGCCAAGCAUGCACAGAGUGGUAUGUGGUAUGGAGUGGAUGUAAACAAUGAAGACAUUGCCGAUAACUUCCAGGCGUGUGUAUGGGAGCCCUCUAUUGUGCGUAUCAAUGCCCUGACCGCUGCGUCUGAGGCUGCAUGUCUCAUUCUCUCAGUGGAUGAGACCAUCAAGAACCCUCGCUCUUCUGCUGAUGCGCCAGGUGCACCUGCUGGAAGAGGCAGAGGGCGUGGUAGACCCCAACAUGCCCAUUAAGCCACACCCAUCUCCAACAGUGUCUCGGGCAGAGCCUCUGGACUUAAAGAUCUAAACAAAUGGGUUUCAUUGACCUGUUUUGUUAUUCAAACAUUUCUGUGUGUUUUAAAAUGGCUAAAGCAGAAUGAAAGGGAGCAUCUGUUGGAUAGUUGGAGAUUUGAAUGUUGUUCUGUGAUAGUCUGAGAACACACACAAACCGUACAUGCAUAAAGUAUGAUGGGUUUGUAGAUCUGUAUAAGCACUGAUAUGCAGGCAGUCUGCUCUGAUAAGUUCCUGUGUUGAUCAUUCAGUGGAACUAUUUAUUGGACCAUUAAAACCAAUACUUUUGCUUCUCA